UCACUAUGGUCUCUUUUAUUCCUGAAAAUAGAGGAUAUUACAUGGCCGCGCGAAGAUAAUUAAUUCUGUUCGAGUGUUGGGAAACAUUUCACGAGUGAGCGAAACGAACGAGAGAAAUAUUUUUCAACGCGUGAAGAGAAAUUUCGUAGCUCCAAGCGGCCUUGUAAUAUUAUAAUCAUAGUAUCGGUAUUGUUUCCACGUGUAAAGAGAAACAUGUUAUCUUCACGUAUGAAGAUAUCAUGUUUUCGCGCGAAAACUCCCUUGGUAUUUGACUGAGGUUUAUAUUAUUAUUAUAAUUAUUUUCCACAGAAAGCUUCAGAACUGGUGGAGACGCCGUCAGAAUAUUGAAACCCCCGACUUGACCGAAUACACACGUUGGGAACUGGACUAUGACUUGACUCAGUAUCCCGUGCACGGGUUGUUUUAUGAAUACCUUGAGAUGGUGAUCCAGUAUGGCUUUGUGACACUAUUUGUGGCCGCCUUUCCACUUGGACCGUUCUUUGCCCUCAUCAAUAACUUGUUGGAAAUUCGUCUUGAUGCUUACAAGUUUAUCGUGGUUUUUCAGCGCCCAAUGGCAGCUCGUGCGCAGGAUAUAGGAAUUUGGUACGCAAUCUUGAAAGGCGUUACGAAGAUCUCUGUGGUCGUAAAUGUAAGAAUCUAUUUAACAAAGUUGUGCGUUUUUGAAUAUUAUUUCUUUAAGGAUUGAAAAACGGAAAAUAAACAGAGAAAAAUUACUUGGGCGACAGAUUCAGUUACAAACACAGUUGUUUUUUUCCCCCAAUUUUAUCGAA